AUGCGUGUGGGAAAAAAAUUAAAUAUUUCGGAGACAAAGAAGACUCGCGCCUGCGUAGUACGUUUGGAAAAGCUAUCACAUAACUCAUUAUCCCCGACACCAUCACCGCCAAUACGAAGAACACAAUCUACUUCGGCUCAAAAGACUCAACAGCACUACCAAGAUCAUCAAAAAGGUGGAGGAAAUUCGAACGCCCGUCAGUCACAUUCUAGUGCCGCGGGUGGUGUUAUGGGAGUUACUCCCAAACAUCUGGCUGCAUCAAGUCAGUCUAGGGGGCCUAUUAAAAAGAGGCCAGUUGGGGACAACAACAGCAAUAGCCCAAGAAUAGCGCAGCAAAGGCCGCAAGCAUCAACUAUGUCAGCCAUGCGAUCAAACCAGAAAGCAAAGGUUGUAUCGCGCGCUUCUAAGGCUUCUACGCCAGCUAGAGAGGAAACGCCAACGCCAACUAUUGCCUCUGGAAGAUCAAGAAGGGCAAUUAAACCUAACCCAAAAUAUGCCAGUGAGGAUAUGGUAACCCCAAGGAUGGUACGCAAUGUAGGAGGAGCCGCUUCUUCUGCGAAAUCAUCAAUGGGCGCUGAUGGAAAACGUCGAAAAAAUUCAACUUCCUCAGAUGAUUUCUACAAUCGUAACUCGGAAGACGAAUUAAUCGACGAUGAUUCACAGAAUUAUGACACAAAAGGCGACAAAGCCUACAAACUAGAUGAGAAGGAUGAGGCUUUGGACUCGGAUAUAUCAGAAAUUGAAGAAGAGAUAUCAAAGCGCGCGCAUAAAGGAAGACCUAAGUCCCGUAAUGUGCCUGCAACACCAAGCGCUACAACCGCUUCAAUGGUAAGAACGGCACCCACACACUUACAACAGCUUCGGCGUUCACUUCAGUCUGCAAAUGCCCAACGCAAUCAAAAUUUCUUAGCUGGCAGCGGUAGCUCUAUGGCACAAAAACGUAAGUUAGAUGAUGCUAAUGAUAGUGACAGCGACGGCUCGUACACAGUGGCACGUAAGCAAAUGUUGGUUACCACUUCCACGGGAGUCAAAGUACGAAUGCCCAUCAAGGAGAAUUCUUCAAUGGUUACAAAUCAAGCGAAUCGCCUUCAGCGCCCUUUACCAGUUCAAAAAACCAACACAAGUAGCGAGGGAAAACCACCAGUAAACGGAGGAAAUAAAAAUAUGCCACAGCCUCAAUUUUUAGCAAAGAGAAGAAUAAUCGACUCAAGUAAAAUUUCCCAGCAUGAUAAUACUCCAUCUAAAUUGGCCGCAAAAACAGUACCAAGUAGACAAAUUCAGCAGACCCCCGGUGGUAACAAUAAAACGCCAAUGUCUAACAAGUCUUUUGCACAAUCAACACACGCACCAGUGGGUGCACAGAAAACAUUGAUGGGAUCGUCGAAUGCUACGAGCGUUCCCAACAGGAUGCGAACAAGCUCUCCAAAGCCCGUAGUUAGGAAGGAAAGUUCAAAUAGUACUUCAAAACUGUUAACGUCCUCUACAGCAACCAGUUCUCCUCCAUCCGCGCCUACACAGCAACAAAAACAACAACAAAGUAAGUUGCAAACUCUGCCCAUAAAACCAAUCGAUAAGCUUAAAUCUGCAUUGGCUUCAACAAUUAUUCCUGCAAGUGGCAGCAGUACGCAGAAUUCUAAAAUAGCCACGAACUCUAAAACAAUUUCAUCGAAUUCUCAAGCGAAUAGCCAAACAACCACAAAGGCCUCGCCGAUAGCAACAACAGCUGAAGUUAUAUCGUUGAAUGAUGAGUCUCCGAAUUCCACAAUGGAUGACUUUGAGACAAUGCCUACAUUCACUAUUGUAAACGUAAAUGAUAUCAUUAACAAAAAAGGCGAUGUACUGAUAACAAAGUCGAAGGCUGGCUCUGCAAGCUUAAGUAAACCGGGAGUUAUAGAAUUCUCCGAUAGUAUUAUUCUAGAUGAUGACGAGAAUGAUGAUGGCGAUGAUGAAGAUGAGGAUCGCCAUGAUGCCAAAAAAGCGAAAGGCAAAAGCAAUAAACGCGAUGUUCUCCCAACGAAAGUAAACAAACUACCCACUAUGAAGAACAGCCAAGUGGUCGACGGUGAGAAAAAGAAAUUGCCCACAGCUCGCAAUACAAGUAGUGAGAAUGUAAGAAAACAGCAACAAUCAACUACAACUGUCCUUACAAACAAUUUACUGACUAUGUCAUCCUCUUCGGCUAACAAGCCAAAAAUACUUAAUCAUAAACUAGGUCUACGAAAUAAUCCUCGAGUUGCAGCAAAAACCAGUACACCGGUAUCUUCAAUUCCAGAUAAACCGGCACCGCGUAUACUAAAUUCUGUAGUGGGUAAAAAGACUCAGCCUGUAAAACCCAUGAUUACCAAUUUAGAUGAUUCUGCUGAGGAAAGUUUCCCUUUGUCACUGGACGAAGAGGAGACCGAAGAUGAGGCAGAGAGCAAAUCCUUUGAGCAGAGCAAAUCCGAAAGAAAUGCAAAACUAUCCCUUCCAUUGGACACAGCAGAGGAUACGGAUUCGGAAGUUUCUGCGCCUGAGGAUAAGAAAAAAUUCAAAGUGUUGCUUCCAAAAAAUAGUUCGAAGGCAAAAACAGAUACUUCACCAGCAUCCACAUCACCAAUUCAAAGGAAAAAACGCCUGCCUAAUACUCGAAGCUCACCCAUAAUGGUUACAAAUAAUAAAAAGCGACUUUUUACGCCGGCUGCCGCCAAAGAAAAUUCUUUGGCAGCCACGAACCAACAAGUGGGAGAUGCUAAGUCACCAACAGAUCUCACGCCUACAAUACGCAAACCGCCUGCCGAAAAAGUUGUCAUAUCAAAACAAGGCGACAAAAUAAUUAAAAAAAUUACCUGUUUUGAGACAUGGUAUGUCAUCAACAUGCCAUUGGAACCCAAGAGGCAGACUCCCCUUGUGAAAAAUCAAUUAGAUAUGCCGUUAAUAAAUUUAGCAAACAGUGCUAAAGCAAUACACCUUCCAUCCGACCUAUGGAGCUGCAAGGUGACACUUUAUGAGUUGUCCGCUUCUACACUGGCAAAAAGUACGUUUGUCACCUACACCGGAAACUUGGAGGAGUACAAUAUAAGUGAAGAGGAUCGCGGUAAAUAUCAACCAUCUUGCGUUAUGUUCAGACGGUCCAUACAAAAUCGCCAACAAUCACGAAUGCCUUAUGAUCGCGCAGUAAUAUUCAAAAAUAAGACCUUCUCCACCAACAUCGAUGGUAAAAACAUUCGGUUGGUGGGUGCACCCAGCAUUAUAAAUAGCGAAAAGGACAUAGAAAUUCUAUUGGAUGUUGUAGAUGGAUUAACGUUGCAAAGCGAUUUUGUAGAAUAUGCAACAAUAAUUCAGUAAUGUCAAUAGGUCCAUAACAAUCAUGUAUUCAUAACAUAACAACCCAACCCCCAUUCACUCACUCGCUUACUCGUGUACAAAGAUGAAUAGUAUUCAUGGCAAUUGCAAUUCACCAA